AUGCCACCAACAGUAUCCCGGCCGUUGCGCCGGAACGGCAAGUUACAGGCGUGUGAGGCAUGCCGUAAACUUAAGAUCAAAUGCGAUCAUUCGCUACCGAGCUGUGUCCGCUGCACUGAAAAACAAAUACGCUGUAUCUAUGCUUCCGCGCGCACAACAAGAGGGUUUCGACCUGUCACCUUCGGUGACCGGCCCCGUGUCAGUCCGGCGGUAGAAAAUCCAGUGACAGAAAAUCCGAUCUCUCAGGAGCCCUCAGUAUCAGCCGAUCCAGUGUCAUCGAUCGCUAGAGGCCCGUCUGUGGUUCCGGAAGCCAGAUCCCCUCAACCCCGUGCUAGCCGUGCUCUGAUCAGCGAACACCAGCAGGCAACCCGUGAGUUGCCCAGCAAUGCAGAGGACCAUACCUUGGUUCACAACCCACUUAGCCCGCAGCUCAUACACCUGGGCGUGCAGGUACUGGAAUUUGUUCAUCGGAACCUGCCGCUGCUACAAAACCUUAUUGCUCACCUGUACGGCUUCAAUUACCUGCCAAUCCUCCCAGAAUCCGUCCUACUCCCGGAAUGGGAUUCGCUGUGGUAUCAACUGGACAGCUUCGACCUUGCGAAUGAUUCAGCCAAAACCAGUCUCGUAGCUCGCAUAUUCCAUAUAUCGCAUCGCCCCACCGAUGUCACCGAGUCAACGUCGCUCCACAGCCUUCAUCGGUUGAUAGGCGGAGAUAAUCUUCGGUGGGACACAAUAGGCAACGUGUUGAUGUUGGCUAAUUGCGAUCUGCUGCACAUCCACUAUCGCGACCUUGUCGGCGCAGAUCCUCGUCAACGAGAGCCAGCUGUGCUACGCUCGGAAUUCCAGCAGGUCACCGAGGCUUUCACGCAGCUGACUAGCAACCUGCCAAUGUGUGAUGAGUUAGGCCUAUGUCUGAAGUAUAAUCGCUUUCUUCUAGCCUAUCACCAAUCAGACGAUUCUGGUCAGACCCUCCACUCAUCGUUCGCUACGAUCGUCUCUGCAACCUAUAUGGCAGGCUUCCAUCGUAUUAUUCCAUCCGCAGGAGGGCACAUCACCUUCGUGCCGCAGUGGCGCCGACGAAUUUUCGCCAUGGUUUACACCAUGGAUAAGAAAUUGGCGAUGUUUCUGGACCGUCCGCCCCUAGUGAUGCGUCAGUACUGUGACAUGGAGGCCCCGGCAGAUGUAAACAUCAGCGAUGACGACACCACGAGGAUGAGAAGCAAGGGUGUCUCGUUGGAUGCGCUUGGGUUCAGUACUGGGGGCAAAAGCUCUCCAAUCAUGUUCAUUCGCCUCCGCUUUCUCCUCGCCAUCAUCAAGGAGGAGAUUCUCGAAAUGCAGCUUGGCACAAACAAAUCGGCUGUACGGGAAAAGGCACCACAAAUUCUGCUUAGGCUCGAUGCAUUGUGGCAGUCUUUCCCCAGCUACAUGAGAUAUACCAGCGAUAUGUGGGAAAAGCCGCUCGGGUGUGCAGAGGUCCUUACCCAUCUCUACAAUUAUCUGGACUUCCUCCAUUGCAAAUUUCUGACCCAAAGACUUAUACACCAAGAUACUGCCCGGGGGUAUUCCCAUCCGCUGAUUUCAGUGGCAGAGGAGGCCCUUUCUAGCCUACUUGUCCUGAACGAGGAGCGAGAUAGGGUGAGAGGAGUGACCACCGAUCUAGCUCCAAUUUUUCUACCCUAUGGACUUUCAAGUGCUGAAACCCUCUUAUUUGACAUGCUUCAUCAUGACCCUUGUGCCCUGAGAGAUAGGGAGACCUAUCCGGGCCUCUCAUAUGCAAAAACAAUCCGCAAUCUCACCAUCUACGUCUCUUGUUUGUCAUGGGUGGCUCCACGAGGCACCAGGAACUCUAACUGCUGCAAGAAAGCCCAGGCUCGACUCGAGCAGCUGUUGGACCGCAUCCUUGAUCCCAUCAGCACGGUCGGCGAUGUGGAGCCGGGAAACGCAGCUCUCGGCAUUACCAGUGUUUCCCUUCCGGACUUAGCGGACUAUGGCCCGCAUUUAGAUUUUAGCUCGAUGCUGAGUUGGGAUCUUUCAGGGAUGGAAUGGGGCUAUGCUCCGUUUGUUUAGCAGGAUAAUUCUCAUUCCUCAUCCCGCAUGUCUCUCAUUCAGCAUCUGAUAUACGACUUGUUGGAAGAGCUGACACCCGCCAACAACUCCCUCAUGUCUUCGACUGAUCUACCCUAACAAUUUCCUCAAGGAGUGGCAGCGCCAUCUCCAUCCCCGCGCCCUGGAAAAUCUUCCGAAAGCGUCGAAUGAUCCACUUGCGGGCCGGCUCUGCGGUGGCAGGUGAUUUCCCAACCAUGUAGAGACACCAAAUCAGAAUGUAUGCACCCGACACGCUGGCUCUCGGGCUCAGAUCCCCUGCAUAGGGCUGAGAUGGAUCCGCAGGCGGGGCCACGAUCCCCAGCGCCUGCGGUACGGUG